AUGUCGCAUCACACCCUUUGUGGGGAGACGUUUUCAUCUCAUAAACAAAAAGUCAAGCCAGCCAUGAAACCCAGCAUGCUCUUGAACAGCAAUGCUAUCGAUGUUGUAGAUGAGCAGAAGCUUCCUGGGGAUAUCACAUUUGCAAAGACUGCAGUAAUAGCUGGUUUUCGAGGGACAGUCCCACAUGGCCUAUCACUGGAGAUUGGAGACACCGUUCAGAUAUUAGAGAAAUGUGAUGGAUGGUACAGAGGAUUUGCCUUAAAAAACCCCAAUGUUAAGGGCAUAUUUCCAUCCAACUACAUUCACUUGAAAAAUGCGUGUGUUAAGAACAAAGGACAAUUUGAAAUGGUUAUUCCAACAGAAGAUUCUGUUAUUACAGAAAUGACAUCGACUUUAAGAGACUGGGGAACAAUGUGGAAACAACUCUAUGUGAGGAAUGAGGGGGAUCUCUUUCACCGACUGUGGCACAUAAUGAAUGAAAUCCUAGACCUGCGAAGGCAGGUCCUCGUCGGCCAUCUCACCCAUGAUCGAAUGAAGGAUGUCAAGCGACACAUCACUGCUCGUCUGGAUUGGGGCAAUGAACAACUAGGACUUGACUUAGUUCCAAGAAAAGAAUAUGCUAUGGUGGAUCCUGAAGAGAUCAGCAUUACAGAGCUGUACAGGCUGAUGGAGCAUCGUCAUCGAAAAAAAGACACACCAGUACCAGCCAGCAGCCACCAUCUUUUUGUUCAGAUGAAGAGUCUAAUGUGCUCCAAUCUGGGAGAGGAACUGGAAGUAAUCUUCUCACUCUUUGAUAGUAAAGAAAAUCGUCCCAUCAGUGAAAGAUUUUUUUUAAGACUGAAUAGAAAUGGCUUGCCAAAAUGUCCAGAAAAGCCUGAAAGACACUGUUCUCUCUUUGUGGAUUUGGGUAGCAGUGAACUCAGGAAGGACAUCUAUAUCACUGUGCACAUUAUCCGAAUAGGACGAAUGGGAGCUGGUGAAAAGAAAAAUGCCUGCAACGUACAGUAUAGACGGCCCUUUGGCUGUGCAGUCCUCAGUAUUGCAGAUUUGCUGGCAGGAGAUUCAAAGGAUGACCUCGUCUUGAAAGUAUACAUGUGCAACACAGAGAGUGACUGGUAUCAGAUCCAUGAAAAUAUCAUUAAAAAGCUGAAUGCACGUUACAACUUGACAGGCUCCAAUGCAGGACUGGCAGUUUCUCUUCAGUUGCUUCAUGGAGACAUAGAACAAAUUAGGAGAGAGUAUACAUCCAUGUUUACCCAUGGAGUAUCCAUAACCAGGAAACUAGGUUUUUCCAAUAUUAUCAUGCCUGGUGAAAUGAGGAAUGAUUUAUAUAUCACUGUAGAAAGAGGAGAAUUUGAGAAAGGAGGGAAAAGUGUGGCCAGGAAUGUGGAAGUGACAAUGCACGUCGUGGACAGCAGUGGUCAAAUUUUAAAGGAUUUUAUCUCAUUCGGCUCUGGAGAGCCACCAGCCAGCGAAUACCAUUCCUUUGUGCUUUAUCAUAACAAUGGUCCCAGAUGGGCUGAGCUGUUGAAACUUCCUAUUCCUGUGGAUAAAUUCAGAGGAGCACACAUCCGCUGUGAAUUCCGGCACUGUUCCACGAAAGAAAAGGGUGAGAAGAAGUUGUUUGGCUUUUCUUUCGUGCCCCUGAUGCAGGAAAAUGGGAGGACUCUGCCAGAUGGCACCCAUGAACUCAUUGUACACAAGUGUGAAGAAAACACAAACCUUCAGGAUUCUGGUCGCUACCUCAAACUCCCCUUUUCAAAGGGAAUUUUCCUAGGAAACAACAGCCAAGCAGUAAAAACCACUAAAGAGUCCUUCUGGAUUACAUCCUUUCUCUGCUCCACUAAACUCACGCAAAAUGGAGAUAUGCUUGACCUUCUGAAAUGGAGAACCCACCCAGACAAAAUUGCAGGCUGCCUCUCAAAAUUAAAAGAGAUUGAUGGUUCAGAAAUAGUGAAGUUUCUUCAAGAUACACUAGACACUUUAUUUGGGAUUUUAGAUGAAAACUCUCAAAAAUACGGAUCAAAAGUAUUUGAUUGUUUGGUUCACAUAAUAAAUUUGCUGCAGGACAGCAAGUUUCACCACUUUAAGCCAGUAAUGGACACUUACAUUGAAAGUCAUUUUGCAGGAGCACUUGCAUACAGAGAUCUUAUAAAAGUACUAAAGUGGCAUAUUGAUCGAGUCACUGAAGUGGAGCUGCACAAGCACAUACAGGAAGUACUAAAGGCGCAGGAAUAUAUCUUUAAAUAUAUAGUUCAGUCUCGAAGGUUAUUCUCUAUUGCCACUGGUGGACAAAAUGAGGAGGAAUUUCGCUGCUGUAUUCAAGAGCUUCUUAUGUCAGUACGCUUCUUCCUUUCCCAAGAGAGCAAAGGAGCUAGUGCUUUAUCCCAACUACAAGCUGUGUUUCUCAGCUCAUUCCCAUCGGUGUACUCUGAACUUUUGAAGCUCUUUGAUGUAAGAGAAGUGGCAAAUUUGGUUCACGAUGCUCUGGGCAGCUUGCCAACAGUCAUGCAUGGGGAUGAGUCCCUUCAAGCCGUUAAACUGCAGAGUAUUGGGAAAACUGUAGAGAGUCACCUGUACACUAACCCAGAUUCUCGAUAUAUUCUUCUUCCAGUAGUUUUACAUCAUCUCCACAUGCAUUUACAAGAGCAGAAGGACCUUAUAAUGUGUGCACGUAUCCUUAGCAACAUAUUUUGCUUCAUCAAGAAGAACAGCUCAGAAAAAUCUGUCCUGGAAGAAAUCGAUGUGAUUGUAAACAGCCUGCUAGAUAUUCUUUUAAGGACCAUACUAGAGAUCACCAGCCGACCACAACCAUCAGGCUCUGCUAUGCGCCUCCAGUUUCAAGAUGUGACUGGAGAAUUUGUCUCCUGUUUGUUGUCACUCUUGCGACAAAUGACUGAUAGACAUUAUCAACAGCUUCUUGAUAGCUUCAACACAAAGGAGGAUCUUAGGGAUUUCCUGCUGCAGAUUUUCACUGUAUUUCGGAUACUAAUACGACCAGAGAUGUUUCCGAAAGACUGGACAGUGAUGCGUUUGGUUGCAAACAAUGUCAUCAUUACUACAGUCUUGUACCUUUCGGAUGCCCUUCGUAAAAACUUCUUAAAUGAAAACUUUGAUUACAAGAUAUGGGAUUCCUACUUUUUUCUUGCUGUCAUUUUUAUAAAUCAGUUAUGUCUGCAACUGGAGAUGUUCACACCUUCCAAGAAGAAAAAGGUUUUAGAAAAAUAUGGUGACAUGCGGGUAACAAUGGGAUGUGAAAUCUUCAGUAUGUGGCAAAAUUUAGGGGAACACAAGCUUCACUUUAUUCCAGCAUUGAUUGGCCCCUUCCUGGAAGUCACCUUGAUCCCUCAGCCAGACCUGAGGAAUGUAAUGAUUCCCAUUUUCCAUGACAUGAUGGACUGGGAGCAAAGGCGAAGUGGCAACUUUAAACAGGUGGAAGCAAAACUGAUUGACAAACUGGACAGCCUAAUGUCGGAAGGUAAAGGUGACGAAACAUACCGAGAGCUCUUCAACAGUAUAAUUCCACUUUUUGGUCCUUAUCCUAGUCUACUGAAGAAAAUUGAGCGGGAAACAUGGAGGGAAAGUGGUGUUUCAUUAAUCGCCACUGUGACUCGCCUCAUGGAGAGGUUACUGGACUACAGGGACUGCAUGAAAAUGGGAGAAGUGGAUGGCAAAAAGAUUGGCUGCACUGUUAGCCUUUUGAAUUUUUACAAGACUGAACUGAAUAAGGAAGAGAUGUAUAUUCGCUAUAUUCAUAAGCUCUAUGACCUACAUCUGAAAGCACAAAACUUCACAGAGGCUGCCUACACACUCCUGCUGUACGAUGAGCUGUUGGAGUGGUCUGAUCGACCCCUGAGAGAAUUUCUCAACUACCCUAUGCAAACAGAGUGGCAACGUAAAGAGUGUCUCCAUCUGACCAUCAUUCAAAACUUUGAUAGGGGAAAGUGUUGGGAAAAUGGCAUUAUCUUAUGCAGGAAAAUUGCAGAACAGUAUGAGAGCUACUAUGACUACAGAAACCUCAGCAAGAUGAGGAUGAUGGAAGCGUCAUUGUAUGAUAAAAUUAUGGAUCAACAGCGUUUGGAGCCAGAAUUUUUCAGAGUUGGAUUUUAUGGGAAAAAGUUCCCAUUCUUCUUGAGAAAUAAGGAAUUUGUUUGCCGAGGACAUGACUAUGAAAGGCUGGAGGCCUUCCAGCAGCGAAUGUUGAAUGAGUUCCCACAUGCCAUUGCUAUGCAACAUGCUAAUCAGCCAGAUGAGACCAUCUUUCAGGCAGAAGCACAGUAUUUGCAGAUUUAUGCAAGCUUUUACAAAGUAAAUCACAUCUGGCGAUUCCGAUAUGACAGGCCGUUUCACAAAGGGACUAAGGACAAGGAAAACGAAUUCAAGAGUCUAUGGGUGGAGAGAACCACACUGAUCUUGGUGCAGAGUUUGCCUGGAAUAUCUCGUUGGUUUGAAGUAGAAAAACGUGAAGUAGUGGAAAUGAGUCCCCUUGAGAAUGCUAUUGAAGUCUUAGAAAAUAAGAACCUGCAGCUGAGAACCCUGAUUAGUCAGUGUCAAACUCGACAGAUGCAAAAUAUUAACCCUCUCACAAUGUGUCUAAAUGGGGUUAUUGAUGCAGCAGUUAAUGGUGGAGUUGCGAGAUACCAAGAGGCAUUCUUUGUCAAAGAAUACAUCUUGAACCAUCCAGAAGAUGGAGAGAAGAUCACACGCUUGAGAGAGCUGAUGCUCGAACAGGCCCAGAUUCUAGAAUUUGGCUUGGCGGUGCACGAGAAGGUAGUGCCACAGGACAUGAGGCCAUUGCACAAAAAGCUGGUGGAUCAGUUCUUUGUGAUGAAGUCAAGCUUGGGAAUACAGGAAUUUUCUGCCUGUGUACAAGCUAGCCCUGUUCAUUUCCCAAAUGGAAGUCCUCGUGUAUGCCGAAAUUCCAUACCUGUUUCUAUGAGCCCUGAUGGUGCCAGGGUAAUACCACGACGCAGUCCCUUGAGUUACCCAGCUGUCAAUCGGUAUUCAUCCUCAUCACUGUCAUCCCAAGCUUCUGCUGAAGUCAGCAAUAUCACUGGGCAAUCAGAAAGCUCCGAUGAAGUUUUUAACAUGCAGCCUAGUCCAUCUACCUCAAGCCUGAGUUCUACUCAUUCUGCUUCACCUAAUGUGACCAGUUCUGCUCCAUCCAGUGCCAGAGCCUCUCCUCUGUUGUCUGACAAACAUAAGCAUUCCCGAGAAAACUCUUGCCUGUCCCCAAGAGAGAGGCCCUGCAGUGCCAUCUACCCUACUCCUUCAGAAACCUCGCAGACUACAAACUCUUGCUUUGCCAAGUGGAAUGCGACUUCUGUCCCCCACUCUACCCGAGAUUCGAUAAGGGAGGCUGAGGAGCUCGUAGGCCCAGUCUCCACUCUCUCUGAGACUCGCCCGGCAGGAAAAUCUCCCAAUCUGUCUCUACCCUCAGUGUCCCAAGAGAGGAGAAUGCUGUUUAAUCAUAUUGGAGAUGGUGCUUUGCCACGAAGUGAUUCCAAUCUGCCUGGCCCGGACAAAGCUGUAAACACCACCCCCAGCAGCUGGAGCCUGGACAGUGGGAAGGAAGCCAGAAACACAUCAGAAAGUGGAAAGCUUAUAUCUCCUCCUGUACCACCAAGACCUGCACAGACUGCAUCACCAGCAAGACACAUAGCCUCCGUUUCCCCUUCUCCUGCUGGCAGAUCACCAAUGAAGGGGUCUGUGCAGUCCUUCACACCGUCUCCAGUGGAGUAUCAUUCCUCGGGGCUCAUAUCCAACUCCCCGGUGCUGUCGGGGAGUUACAGCAGCGGCAUCUCUUCGCUCAGCCGAUGUAGCACGUCAGAGACGUCGGGCUUUGAAAGCCAAGGCAGCGAACCGACAGGGACUGUCCCCAGCUACAGCGUUUCUGAGGAGCCUGUGAGAAAAGAAAGUAAAACCCCGCCGCCUUACAGCGUAUACGAGCGGACUUUGAAACGCCCCGUUCCUCUACCUCACAGCCUCUCCAUCCCCCCCCCCGCCGACCCGCCGGCACUGCCGCCCAAGCCACAGCUGGUCCGGCCCAACAACCUGGAAAACAACAGCAGCAGCAGCAGGAGGACUGAGCAGGUGCCCCGGCCCAGGCCGCUGCCCCGCAAAGUCUCUCAGCUAUGAGAAGCCACUUUUAUAUUUAAUUGCAGCCAAUUCUUUACCGUUUAAGAAAUAAUAUUUUUUAAGAAUGGUAAAACGCGUUUAGUUAGGCACUUUAAUAUUUCGCCCACCUUUUUCUUUUGAGUAAUUUUGAAACGCUU